UGCUGAUCCUUGUGUCUGGUGGUAUUAUUUCUUUAGGUACCAAUGUAUUCUCCAAAGCUAACAAUUUAUUCAUGAUAACCACUUUACUGACUCUGAUGUUGGUUUUCAUUGUGGCCAUGAUUCAUGCAGAUUUCUCCCUCGUGACAGAGCAUGGGUUUGCACCAAGGGGAGUUGGAUUUGAUGAGAUUGUAGGAAGUGCAAUCAUUGCUUACGCAGGUUAUGCUGGGAUCGAAUCUAUCGCCCUAGCAGCUGAGGAAGCAAAAGACCAAUCCAAGGAUCUCUUGAUAGGACUUGUGUCCGCUCUUGGAAUCAGUAUCUUAGUCUACAUGACUGGAGUCCUCUCAGUCACUGUAUUAACAGAAUACAGCAACAUCGAUCUUAAAACCCCGUUUGAGGCAGUGUUUAAUGAUCUUGAUGGUCUACGUUGGAUGAAGUACAUCGUAGCAGUAGGUGCGUUAUGCAGCAUAACGGGAGGUGCUCUAAACAUAUCCUACGCUAUGACUCGUUUCAUAUAUCCCAUGUCAAGAGAUGGACUUCUUCCUUCUGUGCUCUCCAGGACCAACGAGAGAACUAAGACUCCCUUGCUAGCUAACCUUCUUGGCACAUGUAUUUCUGCUGUUUUUGCCGUAUUAAGUGACAUCAAGAUUUUAAUACAGACCGACUCCAUGCUAUAUACACUUGAGGCCGUCAUUGUACUAUUUGCGGUGACUAUCUUGCGUUACAGACCCCCAAACCGGAGUGAUGGGUACGUAGAAUUGGGCGGCAUAGACAAGGCUGAUUUCAAGGAGGGUGUCAACGAGGCUCAUGGACGCAAGAAUACUACAACAGAUUUGAAUGGAUUGCUUAAACCUAAGCCAGAAACUGACACUGCUGAAACCAACGCUACAAACGAGCUACCAAAGCGGCCAUCUUGGAUUCACAAGGGCUGUGCCAUCAUUCUUCGAUGGAUCAGAGAACAUACAACCAGAUCGGUGAUUCUUUCACUCUGCUUUCACCUCAUCUUUGAGUUCCUUCUCGUAGCCUUGUUGACCUUCAACAUGGACGACUUGUUGCGAGUCCAUGACCCAGGUCUAAUACUCGGGAUAGUCGUAAGCAGCGCUUUAACUCUCGUCUCGUGCUGUCCACUGUUACUUCUACCGCAAGACACCGAUGACCUCCCAUUCAAAGUACCACUGAUGCCCUUGCUACCGCUGAUUGCUUUGCUUGCUGCUGUCAUUCUGUUGCUACACUUUAAUUCCUUGGUCUAUGUAGGAGUCGUCGUUUGGUUGUGUUUAGGACUCAUCGUGUACUUUACGUACGGCAUGAAGCACAGCGUGGAGGCCACACGACAAGAUGUUCACCUGAAUGAUCAGUGACGAAGGCAGUGACGUCAUUGCCAAUGAAAUGUUUCUUUGUGUUGACUGAUCAAUGACG